AUGGAUCAUUCGUGGUGUCCAGUCUGCGAUAAUCACAUUUUCGCUGUGGAGAACUUAUAUUGCAGCGAAUUCUGUCGACAGAAAGAUGCUCAACCAUCAUCGUCAUCGCCAUCAAUAAUAACGAAGCCAUCGAUAUACGAUUAUACCAAAGAUUCAUUCUAUGAAUUUCCAAGAUGUUCUCGAAAACCACAUCAAUCUCCAUACUCGACACCUGGAUCAUCACCUUACACUUCUCCAUUACUAACGCAUUCUCGAACGUCGUCAUCAUCUUCGUAUUUUGAUCCAAAAGAAGAUGAAUACUAUUCAUCGUCACCGUCGAAUUAUCUUUAUUCCUCGGAAGAUGACUUAAGCAUGUCACUGCCACCCGCAAAUUUCCCAUCGGAAUCUUUUUUCAAUGCGGCUCCAAUAACGAAUCCUGCAUUAUCAAUGUUUAAUACUAUAACCACGACAACAUCAGACUCAUCAAAACCAUUACGAAAAAAACGGUCGCUUACUGAUAAUAUCAGGCGCCUAUUUUUCUUUUGA